GUUGAGUUUGGUGUUAGCCGAUGAUGCUAGUUAGCCAUUUAGCUAGUGAAACAAACACACCCAAAGUACUCUUUCUCUCACUCGCUGCCACCUGUCCUUUUUGUGUUCAUCAGAAAAGAUGCUGCAAAAUAUCAUAGUCGUUUUUACACGAAGUCUUAUUUAUAAUUGUGACUGACAAUUGUGACUUGGCAUUGAGAGAAACUUAACGUAAGCUUAGCUGCUUCAUGCUGACGAAGGUGGCAAUGGACCGCCACAGAUCCCACAAUCCCAACUCCAGCUACCACAACCAUCAGUCAGCGUACAAAAGAGAAAGAGAUGACAAUGGAAGAAAUCACUGGGAGAAUAAACGCUUCAGACCAAACCACCCCCACCAACAGCAUCAGUCUGGGUCAACUCCUGGGCAAAUCUCACCAAGGUCUCAGGGUCUGAGCACCAGAAAGGAGCUUUAUGAAAGAGACUUUCCUGUGUACAAACAGCCUGUUGAAGUGGGAUGUUUUUCCCUUGACUCUGAGCGCAGAUUCUUCAACGACAGCAGGCAAAUGAGAUACUAUGUGGAGCCUGACAGAAAUCCUAAUUUUGAUCUGAGGGAUGGAUACAAGGACCGCUUUAUAAAGAGAGACGACAGCGUGAAGGAGAAGCUGGACCACAUCCUGCGGUGGAUCGUAGCCAAUAGAUCAAAACUGAACUCAAGGGUGACCCCAGCCUCCUCUUGUGCUUUGGAUGUCGACUUCGUGACAUGGCGGGGUCACCUCACCAAGCUGCUGACCACUCCCUAUGAGACGCGGGAGGGCUGGCUGCUGGCGGUUACAAGGUUCAGAGGCACGCUUUACAUCAGUGAAGUGGAAACAGAAGCUGCUCACAGGGAACGAGAGAACCGCACCGAGAGGCACGAAGAGAUGAUGUACUGGGGCUACAAGUUUGAGCAAUACACAUGUGCAGAUAACAUCCACAGUUUACCUGACCCAGGCGGAGUGGUUAACACUAACGAGGCCUUCUGCACCGUGGUGCAGACUCGGUUGGCAGAUCACAGACUCCUGUUCUCCGGUGAGGUGGACUGUCGGGACAAAGACCCCAACGCUCCAGCUCCUCCUGCCUGCUACGUCGAGCUGAAGACCUCUGCAGAGAUCUGCACCCCCAAACAACGUAGCAACCUCCACAGGUUCAAACUGCUGAAGUGGUGGGCCCAGUCUUUCCUCCCCGGAGUCCCUCGUGUUGUAGCAGGUUUCCGGGAUCAUGAAGGAGUUGUUGUUUCUACGGAGACUUUUCACAUUUCAAAGAUUUCACAUCUCAUCAAGAAUGAAUACAACUGCUGGAAGCCAACAGUCUGUAUGAACUUUUGCUGUGAUUUCUUGUCCUUUGUGAAGCAUGUGGCUACUGAAGACAAUCCGAGUGUGGUGUACCUGUUCUCCUGGGAGCCUCACAGAGACGUGACCUACUCCAUCCACAGAGACUCCCACUAUUCAUUCCUGCCACACUGGUACGUCGAGGAGAUAACCAGUGGUCAAGACUCACAGCAUCACUCCUGAUUUACAACAUCUGGUCCACUAGGACUGUUGAUAUACUGUAUGUGACCUCCAAUGGAGGGUUCUUUACCAAAAUAUUUUGGUAGUUGAUGUGAGGAAAUCUUAACUUGUGCUCUUUGCACACUGUUACUGAUCACUACUCCAUGAUCCUCUGGAGGGAUUUUUAUUUGUUCAUCAUCUUAAACUGAACCAUUUUUUUUCAUGUGGCAUGUAGUGAUUUUUAAAUAAAACAGUAAUUACAGUAAACUACA